AUGUUUGGACGCGUGCUUCGCAUCUGGCUCGUCGCGCUCGUGACGAUCCUCAGCUACUACGUCGCAAACAAGGUGCUCAAGGCUGCGACGCGCCGCGGCCUGUCGGCGGAGCGGGAGGAGGCGCUGCUCUCGUCCCUCCACUUGUUGAUGGCGCCGUGGCUGUGUCGGCAUCUGGUCGGCCUCCGCUCCGUCUUUGUCAAGUUCGGGCAGUACAUUUCUGGCCGCACAGACAUGGUUCCGCCCGAGUGGGCCGCCUCGCUGGCCCUGCUGCAGGACGACCUCCCCCCUUCACCGGCGGGGCACCUGCGCGACACCGCGCGGUCGGAGCUCGGCUUCGACGCGAGCGAGAUCUUCGAGUCCCUCGACGCGAUGCCCGUCGCCUCCGCCUCCAUCGGGCAGGGCGUCGGCGGCGACGCUGGCGAGGACCGCGCCGUGCUCAAGCUGCAACACCGGGGCGUGGACAGCCUGAUGCGGCGCGACAUGGUGUCGGCGCUGCGCAUCGCUCGCCUCAUGCAGUGGCUCGACCCGCGCUACAGCGCGUUCCACACCGUGCUCGCCGCUUGGGAGGGCGAGAUGUUCGCGGAGCUCGACUUUCGCACCGAGGCGAGGAACCUGCGCCAGGUGCAGCUCAACCUGCGCGCGGCCGGCGUUAGCGUGGCCAUCCCCACGCCGCUGCUCGCCUCGCGCCGCUGCCUCGUCAUGACCUUCGAGGAGGGCUUCAAGAUCACCGACAGCCGCGCCCUCGCGCUGCACGGCGUCGACGCGAACGCGCUCAUGUCGCGCGUCAUCUCAGCGUACGCGCAGUGCAUCUUCGUCGACGGCUUCUUCAACGCCGACCCGCACGCGGGGAACCUCCUCGUCCGCGUCCCGCCCCACGGCGGCGAGGCGAUGCCGGUGCGCCGCCAUCGUCGCCGAGAGGGGAGGGGGGCGUGCGGGGGAGGGCGAGGUUGA